AUGGAUGAAAGUUGGAAAAACUGCUUCGAAGAGGAGCUUCUGUGUCCCAUCUGCUUGAAUGUUUUUGAAGAACCCAUCCAGCUCCCAUGCAAGCACAACUUCUGCAAGAGUUGCAUCUCUGAGGCCUGGGCCAAGGAAAAUUCUGCGGUCCGCUGCCCCGAAUGCAACCAUGACUACGAGCAGAAACCCACACUGGAGAAGAACUUUAAACUGGCCAACAUAGUGAAGACGUUUAACGCGUUGAACACUGAGAAAGUCCCUGCCGUGCUGCACUGUGUCCUCUGCAGACGAGGCCCCCCACUGCCUGUGAGGAAGGUCUGUCUGCGCUGCAAGGAGCCCUGCUGCCAAACUCAUAUCCAGACUCACCUUCAGCAGCCCUGUGCGGCCCCUGGACACCUGUUAGUGGACGCUGAGGAGCUGAGCGCUUGGACCUGUCCCAGUCAUGAGGAGUACAGGCUGCUCCACUGUGAGGAGGAGCAGGUGGCUCUGUGUCCGUUCUGCUGCAUCUCCCACUGCACUAACCAAAGACACACAGUCUGCGAUGUGGAUACGCAACGCAUACAAAUGCAGGCCAUGCUAAUGAGGCAGCAGGGCAGGCUGGACGGGCGUGUUCAGAACAUCGAUGAGCAGCUCACCAAGCUGGAGUCAGACAAGACUCUGGUGAAGGAUGCGGUGUCUGAACUGAAGGAGCGAGCGAGAGCCCAGUAUCAGAGGAUGCAUGCGCUGCUAGAAGCCAACCAGAGUGAAACCAUGCAGUUACUGGAGAGCACCUACACCGCGUAUGUUAGGAAAAACUCCCAGCAGGUUUUGCAGCUCAACGAAAGGCGCCAGGAAGCAGAAAAACUCCUGAGCUCAGUGCAAACGUUCUUCAAAAGGGCAGAAGGCAUUAACUUCAUGAAGAACACAAAACCAUACCAGCUGCUAAUGGACAGGUCAAACUCACACCUAAGUGGUUCUCUGCCUGCACUCAGAGUGGGCCAGCUCAACUCUCAACAUCUGAUAUCAGAACUUUCAACAAGAGAAAAGAACAUGCGAAAAAUGUUGGAAGAGCCGUUCAACGACACGUCCCUUCUUGAGAUGUUGCCGUCUCACAGCACCCCCGCUGGCCCCCACAUGGGGACUAGUUCAGGACCACAGAAGAGGAAAUAUGGCAUGGCUUUUCUGGACAGUAACACACCAAACUCCGCCUCCCAGGAACCUCCACCCUUGCUCUACAGCAGCAAAAAGCCCUUCCUGUCUGAUCAGAGCCAUCAUGCCCUGUAUUCCUCUGAGGGUCUCUCCCAGAAUCCUCACGGUGUUCCCGGCCACAGCCACCUGCUUGACGCUGCCGCCCAUCACAUGGUGGGUCUGGGGUCCAGCUCUAGCCACCACUCAGGGACCAUUUUCCCCUCCUCUCAUUUCCCCAAUGGAGGUGCCUCGCAACAAGCCAUGUAUGAAGGAAGGAAAGUACUGAUGUGCAGUCUGAACAACUGCUGCUGCUCCCGGGCCCCGGCCCCUCGUGCCCGGCCCCCGUACCCAGCCUCGGACUCCUUCCCCUCCAUGACCUCUCAGGAGUUCCCCCCCCACGCCCCGCUAUCUUCAAGCCAGCCUCUGCAGCAUUUCCCCAUGACAGCCAGGCACCCUGACUUCUACGGGCUGUACGGCCAGUCUUCAAACAAGCAUUACGGGACCAAGUAAUAAACCACAAUCAGCGUUUAUUUUUGUUCUUUGUUCCUUUUCAUUUAGGAUCAGAGAUAUGUUAUCAGUUUGUGUCUCCAACAUACGUUCAUGAUAAUGUUAUUUGGACUUUUACUUGACCCCGUUUUCGGGAAACCAUGCCCUGUUAACGUUAGUACUCCUGUUUACUUCCUGAAUCAUAAUAAUGCUCUAAUUAAACAGUUUGUGUUUUUAUUUAUUUCAAUUUGACUGGAAGUGCUUAUGUGAAUAAUGUAGUCUUAAAUCCAUUCAAGCAGUGAACAAAAGAAACAACAUAUCCUUCAUCAUGAGUCCUGACAUGGGACUUCAGAGACUUCAGUGCCUAAAAAGACUGUUAACACGCUCUUAUUGUACUUGCAAGUUCCUAGCUCUUGAUUAUUUCCUGUUUGCGGCUAAAAGCAAGCAUGGAGCCUCUCCAUGCACUCCAAAGUCCAUGUGGCUUUAGAAACACUGGACUCCAAAUGCUUGUCAGGUUUUUCAUACAUUUUUAUACAAGAUUAUGAAUAAACCAAAAUAAGUGGAAAAUGUUGAAUAAACAAGCAUAUAAAUUGA